UUCUUUUUCUUUAUUAUAAUGGCUGACCGAUACAGUUUCUCUCUUACUACCUUUUCUCCUUCUGGUAAACUUGUUCAAAUUGAAUAUGCCUUGAACGCUGUUUCUCAAGGUGUUACUACUGUUGGUAUCAAAGCUACCAAUGGUAUUGUUAUCGCCACAGAAAAAAAAUCAGCAUCCAGCCUUGUGGAUGAUUCAACACUUGAGAAAGUUGCUACUAUCUGUGCCAAUAUUGGUAUGAUUUAUUCUGGUAUGGGACCUGAUUUUCGUGUCCUUGUCACCAAAGCACGUAAAGCAGCACAAGCAUAUAAGAGAGUUUAUAUGGAAGAGCCUCCAGUACGUAUUCUUGUUCAAGAAGUAGCCAGUGUCAUGCAAGAAUACACUCAAAGCGGUGGUGUUCGUCCAUUUGGUGUCUCUAUUUUAAUUGCAGGUUAUGAUGAAGUGAAUGGACCUUCACUUUAUCAAGUGGAUCCUUCUGGAUCUUAUUUUGCUUGGAAGGCUACUGCUAUCGGAAAGAACAUGAUUAAUGCAAAGACCUUUUUGGAAAAGAGAUACAACGAAGAAAUGGAACUAGAAGAUGCAGUACACACAGCUAUUUUGACUCUUAAAGAAGGAUUUGAAGGACAAAUGACAGAGAACAGUUUGGAAAUCGGUAUCAUUGGUACAAGUACAGUUGGUGUCUACGGCGGUGAAAGAAAAGAAAUUCCUUUAUUUAGAAAAUUAAGCUUAAAUGAAGUCAAGGAUUAUUUAGCAAACAUUGCCUAAAAAUGCGAAUAAAAAUAUAUCUCUCUGUGUGUGUGUGCGACAUUCUGAAUUAAGGAGAAGUGAGAGUUCAAAAAGACUUUCAGUUUGAGAGGGAG